AAUAUUCUAUUAAUUGUUAUUUGUUAGUGGUGUAAUACGUUCUGCAAAAUAACAAAAUGCCACGUUUCAGUUUAGACACAAAUUUACCAGCUUCAAAAAUUCCUGAAGAAUUUUUAGACGAAUGCACUAGUAUUCUUUCUAAUACUCUAGGGAAAAGACGUACAUAUUGCAUAUCAACAGUAAACCCGGGUCUAAAAAUGACACUUGGUGGUUCCAAUGAACCAUGCGGAUUUAUUCAAGUAACAUGUAUUGGGAAUAUAACACCAGAAAUUAAUAACCAACACAUAGGAAUUUUGACUGACUAUGUAAAUAAAGCUAUUGGAAUUCCGAAAAACAGGAUAUUCGUAGAUUUACAUCCAAAUGAACCAGAAACAACCGCUUAUCUUGGAACCACCUUCUAUCAACUAUAUUAUGUUGAAAAACAAAGACGACUUGUAUAAAAAAUAAAUAAUAUACUUUAAUUGGUAUUUUAAAA